UAGAAGAUGCUUUCAGUUUCAUACCACACAACAAGGGUGAGAGGAAAGGGCCAUGGAGGCGGACAAAGUCCUGCUGGAGAAGAGGAAGCUGUUUAUCCAUGCAGUGAACGAGGGCACAAUAAAUGGCUUGCUGGAUGAACUAUUAGAAAAAAAAGUGCUGAACCAGGAAGAAAUGGAGAUAAUAAGACGUGAAAAUGCUACAGACAUGAAAAAGGCCCGAGCUCUGAUUGACCCCGUCAUUCGGAAAGGGCGCCGGGCGUGCGAGAUUUGCAUCAGUCAUAUUUGUGAAGCAGACCCCUUCCUUGCAGAGAAGAUGGGACUCUGCUCAGGUCUCCAAUCUGGAAAUGACUUUAAUGCACAAGACUUGCCAGCAGUGGCACCUUUUCUACCAGCCUCCUGGGCAGCGCAGGACAAACCAGCUGAGUGCACAUCCUCAGAGCCAGGAGGGAUGCUUAAGCUUUGCUCACCAGAAACAGCGCACAGGAUAUGGAAUGAAAAGUCAGCCGAGAUUUACCCAAUAAGAGAAAAGUUGAACCGCACACGUCUCGCUCUCAUUAUCUGCAACAUAGAUUUUGAGAAUCUUCCCAAGAGGGCUGGUGCUGAUGCUGAUAUCAGAGGGAUGAAGACACUGCUCGAAGGACUGGGGUACAGCGUGGAUGUGAAACAAAAUCUCACUGCUUCGGACAUGACUGCAGAGCUGAAGACAUUUGCUGACUGCCCAGAGCACGAGACCUCUGACAGUACUUUCCUGGUGUUCAUGUCUCACGGUAUUCGGGAUGGUAUUUGUGGGAAGAAGUACUCUGAGGGAAUCCCAGAUGUAUUAGAAGUCAACACCAUCUUUCAAAGCUUGAACACCCGGAACUGUCCAAAUUUGAGAGACAAACCCAAGGUGAUCAUCAUCCAGGCCUGCCGUGGUGUGAACCAGGGAGUGGUGUGGUUAAAAGAUUCAGUAGAAAAUUCUAUCAGCAGCUCUUCACUGGCUCCAGAAGAUUUUGAGGAUGAUGCCCUUAAGAAAUUCCAUGUGGAGAAGGAUUUUAUAGCAUUUUGUUCCUCGACACCAGAUAAUGUUUCUUGGAGACAUCCAACUUUGGGCUCUCUUUUUAUUAUAAAACUUAUUGAAAAAUUUCAAGACUAUGCCUGGUCUUGUGACCUGGAGACAAUUUUCAGAAAGGUUCGACUUUCAUUUGAGUCCCCAGAUGGUAAGGCACAGAUGCCCACUGUUGAAAGGAUGACUUUGACUAGAUAUUUCUACCUCUUCCCCGGAUAUUAAAAUAAGAAGCCAGGAAUUCUGUCAUUCUGUGCCUGUUUUUGGAAUCAUGUCUGCGGAGCAUGGACCUUUCUUUAAACAUUCAAAUAAAUCUGAAAUAAAAAUGAAAA